CAGAGCAGCUCGGUGACCGCACAAGGCGCCCACUGAUAUUUAAACACGCGACUGUCCCGUGGUGCUGAAGUGGACAGCUUCCGCACCCCCAGCAUGACCGCCGGAGCGCCGGACGGUGCUCUCCGUGUUUGAGCGGACUUCGGCCGAGGACGGGGGCGUCGUGACACCUGUGGAUCCGGCCGGUGCCGAAGGUCCAGUGGCGUUAGAGUGCAAAGGUAAAGCCAUUUAGAGGCGCAUUAUGUCUAAGCCUCUGUGCUCCGCGGCUGCUGCAGGGACAUGGACAGUCGGCGCUUCACUGUGACUGCUGCGUUCAGGGGAUUCGCUGAGCUGCUGGUGCGCUCCGAGGGGAAACUAAACCACGGUUGAGGGCUCGGUUCCGGACCAGCUGAUUACUGAUCAUGGGGAAGGAGGAGUGCAAGACGAUGCUGGACGCGCUCAACAAGGUCACCGCCUGCUACCGGCACCUGGUCAUCGCUCUGGGCAGCACCUCGGACUCGCAGAACCUGCGCGAGGAGCUGAAGCGGACCCGCAAAAAGGCCCAGGAGCUGGCGGUGGCCAACAGGACUAAGCUGACCUCGCUGUUGAAGGACAAGAGCAUCAGCAAGGAGGACCGAGCCGAGUACGAGCGCCUGUGGGUGCUCUUCUCCAGCAGCAUGGACCUGCUGGAGGUGGACAUGAAGCGCUCGCUGGAGAUCGGCCAGGACUUCCCGCUCAAGGUUCCCACCCGACACCUGAUCCAGACCGGGAUGACGGGCAGCACCAGCACCGUGGCAGCGCGGGCGAUGAGCGUGCAGAACAUGAAGUACGAGGCGGACAGCAACAUCGACACGGCGGACCUCCGCGACCUGCAGAGCGAGAUCACGCAGGUGAGCCAGAUGAUGGAGGAGAUGGAGAUGAAGGUCCAGGUGGCGCCGUGGGCCGUGGAGGCCAAGCAGGAGGCGGGGGCCGAACUCAAGUCCAACAUGAGUGUGGGGAACUCCUCCGUGGGUGUCAUCUCCAUCUGCGAGGAGGAGCCCAAGGAGGAGGACGGAGGCGGGGGCAGGGACUCGGGGAUCGCGUCCAUCUGCGCCGUGCUGGGCUUCUUCGUCAUCGUGGCCGUGGCCCUGGUCCUGGGAUACCUGGUCAUCAACAUGUCCUGAACUCUGGACGGCACCGCGUAGAUGCGAAGUAGAGUCGGGUUUUUGGGGAGGAACAAAUCUGGAGAUGACAGCUCGUCCAUCAGGAUGAUGUAAACAGCUCGUAAUCCCGGCGGAUUAGCGUGGAAACUAAAUGUAGCCCACUCCUAAACGGAUGUGUCCACGAUGGGUGGAGUAGUUCUACUGUUGAGUUCCAAGGUUCGCUAGUUGUGGGUUUCAAAAAGGAAAAAAAAAAGCGCCCCCUCGCUGAGGCGGUUGCGAAAAUGACCCAUGUUCUCUGAGAGACUCACCUGCGAGAUUAUCAUGGCGAUGUUCUUCUGUGUCGACUUCACUUGAAUACAUCUUUAUUUGCUACAGUUUUACUACAGUUUUACACAAAACAAGUGAGGCAUCGCUACAAACUCUGACAGCCGACACCUGUUCACAAAAAACUUUCAUGAACUCUGAAUGUAUUUUGAAGCUUAGGUUGAUGAAAGUAGCAGUAGUGAAAUCGUCAUACUACAUUUGGGUUUUGUGUCAUGUUGGCUCCGCUAAUGCACUUUUCCUAAAACCUCCCGGCGACACAACCAAAUGCUAGCUAGCAUACUGAUAAUGAUAAUUCCGGGAGCCAUCUUUGUUUACGAAGGUGUGUCACAAGUCCGCGAACUACACUCGAUCAAACAUUGAUGCAGAUGUCCUUGCUAGCGUUUUUGUCGCCACACAAUUUAGGUUGACGCGAAUGAGAGCAGAACAGCGACAAAUUACAAGUUAAGUAGUCGUGCUAAUCUUACGUUGGCCUUUUGUUAGCAUCAUAUCUUGCAGGACAAUCCAAAAUUGAAUCAUUUAUGUCGCUAACAGACCGAGUUACUGCAAAAGUGUCCGACGUCUUGCUCUCAGGUUGAGUCCAAACGUAUCGUGAACAUGUGUAGCUGACAUGCUAGCUUGAGCCGCACAUAAACCGGCUUACGUUGAUAAACUGUAAUGUGAAUCGCGCCAAAAAAUGUUUCAUUUUAAACACUAAAAAGUGUUAAAGAACCAUUAGCAACGAUUCCAGCGAUUAUGCUAAAUCGUUAAUUCUAAUUUAUGAACGCAUAUGUUUAGUUUAUUGUGGUAUAAUCCCUAGGAUUUGGCUAACUAGACCUCGUAGCGUUAUAAAUAAAGAAAUAAAUGUGAGGGAGAAACAGAGAUUUUGUUUUGUUUUCCGUAACGAUUAGAAUUUUCUGCUGCCAAAACUUGGCUAUUUAAAUUGGUUAUUAUUUUGCUAACUUGUUAAAAUAAAUGUGGAACAACCAAUGCAAAUCUAAUGUUUGUAAUCAUGCUGAUACAUUUUAAUCUAUAUGUUGUUCAUCCAAAACAGUUUUUGAUAUGAGGGAAUGUCUUUAUUUUCCUGCCGUAUCCAAAUAGGGUUGCAAUUAUUUCAUCCAUCUCAAUUCUUCCUUUAACACAAAACCACAGUUUGAGAACCAAAACUGUCCCCAGGACUCACAAGCUCAGAGUAACAAAAGCAGGGUUGAACACAGCGAAACAAAUAAACGUCUACUCAAGUGAACGCUGAAAUGCUUACGGACCUUUCAGGGCUUUUUCCUUUCACACACCGAAUGUACCAACCUGUGAGUCUUUGUACACUGACUUGUCAUGUAAAUACAAUCAAGUCUAUUUAUGAUAAUAAAAGUUUCAAACA